AUGAACGAAUGCCAUCCAAAUGCCCCUUGCAUUAAUACUCAGGGCUCAUACCACUGCUCUUGUCAUCCCACAUACGUUGGGAACGGUUUUGAAUGCAAAGGUAUGUUUAGUUUCCUACAAACCUUUCAACACUUCAAAGCUGCACUGAAACUAACCUGUUGCUUCUCAGGUGGCCAUGGUCGUCCAACUCAAAUUCAGGUCCUGCUAAAUUAAUCUAGAUUUCCAUUAUAACUGUUUUAGCCUCGUCGAAUGAUGAUAUCCUAGACAUGGGCUACUUUAUCUCUUACUAUAGAUGUAAAGUCAUCGUUCAUGUGCAUGACAGGUUUCACUACUGAUUGGCAAGCUGCCAGAAUUAUAAGACGUUAGAAAACAUCUUAAUCCAUUAAGCCUAACGACUUAAGUCCUGUUGCAAUUUUUACUUCACUUUGCAGCCGAUCAAUGCUAUCAUUAUAAAAACCUGAGUUAUGCUAAUAGAAAGAUAAGUUACGUAACACCUUACGGUUCAGAGUUGUGUGAAAGCCAACUCCCUAAGGGAUAG